CUUCUCCCCCAUCUACACGUCUGAAUUACCUCAUUACCUCUCUCUCUCUCUCUCUCUCUCUCUGCGCCCUCUUGAGUUCCUCGCUACCAAGGUUUGGUUUUUCGAAGAUAAUUCUCUCUGGCUCUCAUAUUCUUUCGGGAACUUAUACUCUUUGUUCUCAUCGGAAGCUUCCAACCAGUCGGAGGAAACCAGGAGUAUUUUUCCAACAUCCUCUCUAUCUCUCUUACCCUCCCUCAAUAUUCAGUUUCUCAGCUCAGCUCCAUGCUUCAUCCGUCUCAAACCGAAACAACGCCUUAAUCCCCACUUCCUCUCCCACACAGCCAACGAAGAAAACACGCAUCUUUCAUCCUCAAAUCCAUCACUUCCACCUCCCAUCCUCAUGGAUUUCACCCACAUCAGAAAUGAAACUAAGUUCUACACCGAAGACCAAUCCUCAGAAGACGAAGAAAUGGACAAACAAAACAGCGCAACCGCAACCCAACCCCCCAAAAUCCUCCCUUUCCUUCCCACUCCCUCCCCAACUUCUUCUUCCUCCCCUCCCCCUCCAUUCCCACCCACAUCAAUACAAAAAGAACACAUGUUCGACAAAAUCGUCACACCCAGCGACGUCGGCAAGCUAAACCGCCUCGUCAUCCCCAAACAACACGCCGAGAAAUACUUUCCCUUAGACACCGCCGCCCACGACCGUGGUCUCCUCCUCAACUUCGAAGACCGCAACGGCAAGCCAUGGCGUUUCCGAUACUCCUACUGGAACUCAAGCCAGAGCUACGUCAUGACCAAGGGUUGGAGCCGUUUCGUUAAAGAAAAAAGCUUAGAUGCCGGAGAUACCGUUUCCUUCGGCCGCGGAAUGGGAGAAUCCGUCAGCCAUCGCCUCUUCAUUGACUGGAAACGUAGACCAGAUCCACUCCUUAAUCCACCCAACACAAUCCGCAUCCCCCGCUUCUCUUACCAUUCCUCACCCACAUCCUCCCAUCCUCACCCCUACCUCUCCCUUGCCCGCUCCGCAUCCGCCCCUUGGUCCGCCAGCCGCCUCUUCAUCCCCCACACGCCCACCCCUCCUCCACCCUCCGAUCUCUUCUACUUCCGCUCUACCUCUGCCGUCCCCGGCCAGUCGAGCCCGCUACCCACCAAGCCGAAGCGCGUCCGGCUCUUCGGCGUCAACUUAGACCAACCUUAUGAUGAGGCAGAUAAAACUAAGACCAACGGGUUCAUAGGACUGCAACUCAGCUCUACUGUUGCUUCUCAAAAUCUCUGCCUUGGUACCACCGAGCCGUUCUCCGCGGCUUCAUCCUCUUCAUCAGCCAAAUUUAGCAGCCAUCAUUCACCUCCUUUUGAUUUUGACGUGUUAUAUUUCGUGAUGUUUUUCAGGUGUUUCGUCCUGCUCUUGAAAGCUAUGCAGUGUCCAGAAAAAGCUUGGAAACUACCAAGGGAUGAUGAAGGGUAUUUGUAGAAGAAAUCAUUGUAGAGGAUGGACAGUGCAUGGGGAAAACAUUACGGGUGGAUGACUGUACAUUUGACAGAUCUGUCCGUCGGAGCAGUGUAUGAGGCAGCUUUAUAGGCAUACAACUUUUUUUUUUUUUUUUUGUAUUUCCUUUUGUAUGCUAUGUAUUUCUGUUUUCUGUAGCAUGGUAUAUGUGUGGGUUGGGGUGUGGGAGAUGUGGGAUUAUCCUAAUAAGGUUAAAAUAGGUGAGCAUUUUCUACUAGGGCUGCACAAUUCUGCGCACCCAAAAAGAACAAAAGUAAUGGUGAAUGAAGACAAGCAUAAGUUUCUAGAAACAUUAAUGUGCGCAGAGAAGGUGAAAGAGAAAGGUGAGAGGAAGAAUUAAUUUACAGCAGAAGGAAGGUAUCAUGUUAAUUAUGUAUGAUGCAUGCUUGAGAAAUAUGGAAAUUUGUAAUGAAAUCUCUAAUUAGGCUUCACAGUACAUUUCACGUGAUUGUGUUUCCUGAAAGGAAGGUGAUAAAUGCACAUAAACUAA